CCGCGAGAUAAAAGCACAACAAAAGAAAAAAAGAGCAUACUGUCACCCUAUAUGAUUUCCCCCUUCGUUCUACUUGACCCCCAGCUCCAGGUUGAUCAUCGUCUCCGCUCCUUGACUGUUGGAGUUGAAACGAAACUCGACAUUUGAGCUGAACGAUAUGUGACCGAAUCGCUCUGGAAAUACCUAUCAUGGCAUCUUGGCCAGGAACUCGGGGGGCUCGUGUAUCGCCGGCUACUUUGAAGGGAACAGGUUGGCCGGAUACCAGGAGUGCAGGCUAUAAACCUGACAAUAUUUUGCCCGGGGAGAUGUCACGCAUCGAAUGGAACUCGCGAUGGAUCACGGAUGAACAGGCCUUGAGCUCCCCUUCCUCGGGCAGGCUACAGCCGCCGUACCCGCGUGACCCAGAAGCUUCGCCGCCUACCACAAUGCCCACGAUUCCUAUAGAUUUGUCUCAUAAGACGGACGAUGCUGGUACGACCGGAGAAGCAGGAGAUGGGCCCAAGACGGUGAAUACCGUACGCCAGGGAGAUCAGUCUCCACCAUUAUCUCAGCAUCCGGGAUCAAUUGAUCAUGCGCCUGUAAAAACAGGCAACACCAGCGCCCAACUCGAAAGACUAUUCGAAGAGGUCCAUCACUUGCAGCAAGAAGUCCGUACUAAACGUUUGCGGGCGCGAGAUCUUCGUCGUGCGCUGCGGCGCAAACGCGAGGAGGAGGAUUACUUCCGACUCGUACUACGUGAGAAACUCAGUUGGCUAUCUCCAGAGGCUAUUCACCAGCAAGUUUCAACAACCAAAAAAGCUAUUGACGACCUGAAAACUGCCACGAAACUUUACCAUACUCAAGAAAGUGACUACGAUAGGAUCGAAAAUGAGCUUGAUAAAGAAGAGACUGUCCUGGGCAAGCGCAUGAAGAGACUGAAUAAGAUGCUGCGCAGACAAGCCGCCUCGGGAAACGAUCAAAACCAACUUGUUGGUGCAGACUCGAACGUUUCUUCAGACUCCUCCUCCUCCUCCACCGACCCCGAUGCCAAACAGCUUUCGUCCAGGACUGCAGAAUACCUCACUCUAGCUGGGGAGAUUCGCCUGCUCCGCGAACAACUGCGGGACCUAGAAUCGGAAUAUAUGAAUCGGCUAAAUCAGCAACAUCUCCGCGAGCGCAUCGGCAUCUCUCUCGAUCCGGAUGGGCUUUCCUUCCUUGCAGGCUACGAAGACGCAAAGGCGAAAACCCAAGCCGGAAUCCACUUUGCAAUUCGUCGACUAAUCGCCCACCCCGAACACGACAAUCAUCCCGAAGCAGUCGUCCUCGACGAACAAUGGGAUCAAGUGGUAACGGACUUUCAACCCCAGUCCCCCGACAAUCAACCACCACAAGAUCCAUUGCGAGUGACCGAGUUUGAGGACCGGUCGCCGUUCUUUGAAGUGGGACGCUCUGUGCCCUUGAACAAGUUUACGUUUGUGAAUCGAUGGCUGCUGCAUCAACUUCGCCAUUCGAGGUUCGAGGUUUUGCAAUAUAAAACGAAUCCUGGGUUGAUGGGUCUCAUGGACGAGGGCUGGGAUGGCGAUAGUAUUAGCCAGAUGGCUUUGAUGCUGUGGUACCGUGAUGAGACGAAUGGGAUGGUGACGGUGAGAAAUUAACUUGUCCAAUAACGUUAGAGAAUUUCAUUAAAUAUCAAUCUUUCAUUCCUUUGCUAGAUGUCCGUUAGUACCGUACUUUCCGAUGAAGGAGCUCUGGGGGGAUUUAAUACGUCCAGGUCUGCUGAAUACGAC